AUGUGUGUAAUUAAUUCUGACUGUUGUGUAGACUUUAGGAAUUUUCGUCAAGAUACCAAACCAGUAGAUUCUUCGACAAUGCCUAAGUCUGACUGUGUUCACUCAGCUAGAACAUUUUCGGAUGUUGCUGAUCUGGAGAAACAUGGUAGUUGGUUUGAAGCUAUUGCACAUUGUCCACUAGGCACACCAAGUGAGAUUGCGAACCGUUGCAGUAAAUCAAGAGAUUUGGUCAUCAAGUUUGAUGACGCUUCACUAAAGCACACAUCAAAUAUUAGUGCUAAAAACAGAUAUUUUAUUUCGCUGGAUUUAGCUUUUCUAACAUUUCGUAUACGAACUGAAGAUGUUCGACUGAUGGCGCCAGUUGUUUCUAAGGUCAACGGACGAGUUUAUGCUAAUUUGGAUUGUGCCAUUUGCCAUGAUGAGUUAACUUCAACUGUUAUAGAUGAAGAACCGACGGGAUCUGUUUUAUUACAACGUCUCGAUUUAUUCAAUGUUUUUGUGCACUGUCGAACAUUUCAUGAUACUGACAGAUUAUGUGUGGCCAAUUCAAUGCUGCCAAGGAGUUGGAGACGUCCAUGUGGAAAGAAAAGAUUUCUCAAGCCACAAAGUACACAAGAAGUGUUCAGUUUGAGUGAGUUUAAAUGGCAUGAAUUCUUAGUGUUGCCACAAAACUACAUUGAAUUCGAUGGUUUUAGCAAUGAUGAUUUGGUGAAGGGGAGUAAAACUCUUCGUACAAUUGAAUCUGUUUUAGAUAUACUUCAGUUACUAGUGUGUAUUCUAUCUGCAUUCAGUCUAUGCGUGCUGCUAAUUGUAUAUGGGAAGACGCGAGAGUUUCGACGUCGAGUUUCUAAUCAGUUGUUGAUGGGGCUAGCAACUUCCAUGCUUGGUUUGUUGUUGGUCUAUUUAACAUUGCCAUUGCUAAUUAAUCAAAGAGACAAUUCGGGUAGUGGAUGUUGUCUUACAGUUGCAGUUUUAUUGCACUACUUUUUCCUUGCAACUUUUGCAUGGAUGUUAACACUUGGUUUGAGUUUGAUUAACACCUUUGGAGGAAUUCACACAUGUCAAGUGUGCUUAGCAUACAUAAAGUUUAAAAUAACGCGUCAAAGUACAGAUGAAGAUUCAUUGAAGAAGAAAUACUCAGACACCAUGAAAAGUAUGGUGAUUCGAAAGAAUCUGAGAGACCAGUCGACUACCAUUCAUAAGCGUACCAUAUUUUCAACGGUAUUUGCAAUCACCUUACCAUUACUUUUUGUGAUACCCGCACUUGUUCUUAAUCAAGUUUACCAACCAGAUUCAUGUCAGCCAGAGAUGAACAGUGACAAUUACACACAUGAUGUAACUUACGUUAGCAGGGAACAUGGAAUCAAUUGUUCUGAAACUUCAAGUCUAAUGUCAAACUUCAAUCCAGGUUUUUGUUCAAUGAAAUAUCGAAAGCGACCAUGGUUCACAGUGCAUGCGGCUUUCAUUCUGUGGUUUUUGGUACCUACUACAGCAUUGUUGGCAAUGAAUUCUAUCAUACUACUAAUGGUUGGCAUGUAUAUUUGGUUGUUAGACCAUAAAAAAACACUGGAACCAAUCAAAGACGAAUCAGUGGCCAGUGUGGACUCAAAAUCUACUCAGAUGCCUAAUAAAAGUAAUCGCAAUGUAGCCAAGAUUUGCUUGCAUUUAUCAAUCACUCUGGGUGCUGUAUGGAUAUUCCAGCUGCUUGCAAGUCUCCUACCUCAGCAAACCAUUCUGAGUCGUGUUGCAGCUCUGGUUAGUAGUGGGCAAGGUGCAGCCUUGGGGUUCGUUUCUUUGAUGAACUCCACAAAACAAAGUUAUUUUCAAAUUGGUCUAGCGUAUUCAUUAGUAGGCGUUCAAGAUCAGGAGGAAAUGAGUCCAAAAGUGCAUCAUCAUCAAGUCGAGUGGAUACGAAGGUUGUAUCUACAUCUGAUUCCACAAUAG